CACUCUAUCAAUGUGUAAACGUAGUAUCUGUUUAAUCGCGGCCACCAACCGUCUUCACUCUGAAGCAACUUGAGUUUAGUCGGCGAAUGAUGAUCAAAUCAGCGCCGUUGUUACUUUAGUUUACAAUUAUUUGGCCCGCUAACUGGCCAUGCGGUUUGAAUUCGUAGAUUUAUCUUAACGUAAUUUCUUUUUCAAUUUUUAAAUUUUUUUAACGGUUUACUUAGUAUCAGUGCAUGGAGGAAUAACAGACUAGAGCAUCGGAUGCGCAGAGAGUUGAGUGUUUCUUGCCGAAAUAUUUAAUCAUUUCGUUUUGUAUUUCUGUGUUUACAGUGGUAGCUGCAUAAUACCUGACGAACUCAACCGUUACAAUGAUCCCCAAAAAAGCUCCAACUGUAGGAGUGCUUUUGAUCUGCCUGUUGAUUCUCUGUGAUAAAUCCAUUGCCAAAGAUGCCAGUAUUGAAGAGGAGGAAUACGAAGCGAGGAACUUCCUUAUUCUAUUAAAUAGACAAAGCGACAGGGAUGCGAAUAGACUGGCCCUAGCCAACUGGGCCUACGCCUCUAAUCUCACUGAGGAAAAUUUAAAAAUUCAAUUAGCAGUGGGGGCAGAAGUAGCCAAAAACGAAAAGGAAGCAUGGCAGAGGGUGACCCAAUUCAACUGGCAACGUUUCUCGAAUUACGGCUUAAAAAGACAGUUUAAAAAGUAUUCCGUAUUGGGAACUGCUGCACUGCCCGAAGAAAAGUUUACUAGACUUCACAAAAUUAUCAGUGAUAUGGAAGCCAUUUAUUCUAAAACUAAAAUAUGCCCGAAAAAUAAGAAGGAGGGGGAGGAGUGCAAGUUAAGCCUGGAACCUGAUUUAGUGAACAUAUUGGCAACUUCCAGAGACCCUGAGGAGCUCAAACACGUUUGGGUCGAAUGGAGAAACUCCAUUGGUCCGAAAUGUCGAGAGUUAUAUAAUCAAUACGUUAAUCUUUCCAACGAAGCUGCCCGAUUAAACAACUUCACGGAUAAUUCUCAAUAUUGGCUGCACGGUUAUGAAGACCCAAAUUUCCGCAAUGUGAUGCAAAGUGCGUGGGAACAACUUAGACCUCUGUACCUUCAAAUUCACGCAUACGUUCGAACAAAAUUAAGGCAAAAAUAUGGGGAUAUUGUUAGUGAAAAAGGACCUAUACCAGCACACUUAUUAGGAAAUAUGUGGAGCCAGGCGUGGAACAACAUUGCAGAUUUCAUGCUUCCUUACCCAGAAGUUCAAGAGCCAGACCUUACAGCUGAAUUGAAAAAACAGAAUUACACCGUAACGAAGAUCUUUAAAACAGCAGAGGCAUUUUUCAAAUCCAUUAACUUAACGGAGAUGCCAGAGACUUUCUGGAAAAACUCAAUUUUAGAAAAACCAUCUGACAGAGAACUCGUUUGCCAUGCAUCUGCUUGGGACUUUUAUGAUUCAAAAGACUUUAGAAUAAAACAAUGUACAGAAGUUACCCAGGAACAUUUCAUUGUCGCUCACCAUGAAAUGGGCCACAUCGAAUAUUUUCUACAAUACAAAGAUCUGCCGAUCAAGUUCAAAGAAGGGGCGAAUGAUGGUUUUCAUGAAGCCAUUGGAGAUUUGAUAGCUUUAUCAGUGGAAAGUACAAAACAUUUAAAGAAAAUAGGAUUACUACCCAACGAAGAUGAUAAUGGAAACAUGAAGCAUGUACUAAACAGAUUGUUUAAACUUGGUCUCCAGAAAAUUACAUUCCUUCCUUUCGGUUACCUGAUGGAUUUGUGGAGAUGGGACGUGUUCUCUGAAAAAACCAAACCAGACGAUUACAAUUGCAAAUGGUGGGAACUGAGAGAAAAGUAUCAAGGAAUUGAACCACCAAUUGACAGAAGUGAAGAGGACUUUGACCCAGCCGCUAAAUAUCACAUUAUUGCAGAUGUUCCAUAUUUAAGAUACUUCAUUGCCUUUGUACUGCAAUAUCAGUUUCACCGCUCGCUUUGUGAAAAAGCUGGCCAAUACGAACCGAACAACUUAGAAAAACAAUUACACGACUGUGAUAUAUAUGAAAACACUGCCGCUGGGAACGUUUUAAAGGAAAUGCUGACAAUGGGCUCAUCUCGUCCCUGGCCUGAUGCCCUUGAAGUGAUAACCGGUCAACGAACUAUGGACGCUUCUGGAAUCUUAGAUUUUUUCAAACCCUUGCAAAAAUGGCUUGAAAACGAGAACAAGAAGAACAACGCCUUCAUUGGAUGGGAGCCCUCUAAGAAAGUUUGCACAAGAACCCGACAAGAGCUGUUGGAUAGCUCGUUGAGCACAACAUCAGAGGGAUUACCAUCGACUUCUUGAGCAGCGUCUGUUAUGUGAUUUUUGUUCUCCACUAUUUUAUUUACUUUAUUUUUAUUAUCCAAUGUACUUAUUUUUAUUUUGUAACGUUAAUUUAGAAAUUUCAACUAAUAAAUAAUUUGAUACAGA